AUUCGGUCUAACUUACGCGGGAAUGAAUGAUAAUGAUGAACCUAAUUGGGCUAGACCUCACUAUGAAGGACCUUGGUUACGCACUCAAAUUGGUUUAGCGUUAUUAAUUGGUCUUCCUUCCUUUUUAUUGUUUUGCAGCCUUAGAACUAAUUCUACUGUCUUGUUUGCACCAAGAACAAAGUUAAAAGGAUUUUCACCACAUGAGGCACACGAUACUAGCACGUUCUUUGGUUGGAUUUUACCAACUUUAAGAACUUCAGAGUAUACUGUUUUACAGAUCGUUGGUUUGGAUGCCGCUGUCUUAUUGAACUUCCUUAAAAUGGGAUUCUGGUUCUUCUCAGUAGCUGCUGCAAUCACUUGUCCAAUUCUUGUUCCUAUCAACUAUAAUAAAUAUGGUACUUGGGAGGCAUCAGAUGAUUCUGAUGAAAGUGACAACUCAACUUUAUCCACAUUUAAUACUCAAGAAUACCUAAAUUAUGAAGAAUACCCACUAUAUCAAGAAUCUAGUAGUAAUCCUUGGGAUGCUUUAAAAAGACAUCAAGGAAAAUGGAGGAAAAUCUUAGAUAUCUUUUUAUUCUCAAACACUGAUCCUUAUCUUGGAUUACAAUUACUUUUUACAUUCUUCUUAUCUCUACUCGCUUUAAGAUACGUUAAUAAAAACUAUUUGAGGUUCGUUAGACAACGUCAAUUAUUUAGUCUCGAAUUAGUCCAUGCCAUUAGUGCACGUACCGUUAUGAUUGAAUCAAUUCCUUCACAUUUACGCGAUGAAAAGGCCCUCAGUGAUUACUUUGAUAGCAUUAAUAUGAAAGUUGAAACCGUUAGUUUAGUUAAAGGUGUUAAAGCGCUUGAUAAUCUAUUGACAAAAAGGACAAAAGCAUUAUUACUUUUAGAAUCUGCUUGGUCUAAUUACUUGGGAAAUCCAAGUCAAGCAACUUUUUCACAACCUUCAAAUAAUGAUCUAGAGAUUUCCUCAAUUAAUCUAACUGUACUUGGAAAGUCUAGGCCAACAACAAGAUCUGGUUUAUUUGGAUUAAAUGGUAUUAAAAUUGAUAAGUUGAGAAUGUUAGAAAGGAACUUCGAAAAUUUAGAUAGGAUUGUCAAGACUUCAAGAAAAUCCGAAUACAAAAAUACACACGUAGCUUUUGUUACUUUCGAAAAUGCUUCAAGUGCACAGAUAGCUUCUCAAUCAUCCCAUUAUCCAGAACCUGGUCAAUUAGUAACAAAACCCGCACCUGAGCCUCGAGAUGUCGUCUGGAAGAACGUUGCUCUGAGUACAAAAGCUUUAUUAAGCAAGAAAUUGUUUGUUUAUGGUACGGUUACAACUUUAUUACUUACUUGGGCAGUUCCAGUAACUGCACUUUAUACUCUUUUAUCUUAUAGUGAAAUUUCAAAAUACUUACCAUCACUUGCUAAGCUCCUUGAAAAGCAUCCUUCUUUAAGAGCAUUGGUACAAACGUCUUUACCGCCAUUAGCUUUAGUGUUAUUCAACGCAACUCUACCCGUGUUCUUACACUUUCUUUGCGUUAUACAAGGCCAUAAAGCACGUAGCCAUAUUGAAUAUUCUCUAAUGAAAAAGUACUUCCUAGCACUGUUCAUCACAGUCAUUUUGGCUAGAAUGACAACUGCAACAAUUUCCAUGGUUAGAGAAUUAGCUGACGCUCCACUAAAAAUACCUGAUAAAUUAGCUCAAUCAUUAAAAUCUUCAACAGCUAGACAUUUCUUCGUUUCUUAUAUCAUUCUUCAAGGUUUUGGUAUUUUGCCUUUACAAUUAUUACAACUUAAUCAAGUUUUACCGCAUAUGAUCCUUAGACCGUUCACAAAAACACCUCGUGAUUGGGCAGAAUUAAAUGCACCACCUGAACUAAAUUAUGGUACAGUAUAUCCUCAAGCGAUAUUAGUGUUUAUGGUUGGAUUACUUUAUUCCAUUAUUUCACCUUAUAUUCUUAUUGCAGCCGCUGCAUACUUUGGUAUGGCAUAUCUUGUAUAUAAAUAUAAACUACUGUUUAUAUUUUAUAAACCAUGGGAAUCAUCCGGUCAAGCUUGGCCAAUAACUUAUGCAAGAUGUUGUUGGGGAGUUGUUUUAUUUCAAACAUUCAUGCUUGGAUUGUUUACAUUACAAGGAGCAUUUUUGUAUACUUCCAUUCUUCUUCCACUAAUUACAGCUACGGUGUUUUGGGCAUUUCAUACCGAACGUAAAUUUAAAGGCUUAUCAAAGUUUGUCAAUCUAAGCUCACUUUUUGAAGCUAAUAGGGGUACAACGCCUACUGAAAUUGUGGGGUUGCGUUAUGAUCAAUCUGUACCUCGAUCACAAAGUAACUUGAAUAGAAGGAGAUAUGCUAUGAAUGAUGCUACAUUAUACGUGGCACCUGAAACCGACAAAACAGAUUAUUCCCAACCACCAAUGAGGUACUGGUAUUAUGGUGUCCUCAAUACAGGUAGACGGAGGUACGGUCACCCUGCUUUAACAGGUAUUUUACCGGAAUUAUGGCUUCCUCAACGUUUAGCAAUAGCUCAGAAAAGAGGCGUGGGCGAAGGAAGGGUUCUCACGCUACGUAAAAGGUGGUCAAAAGUGAAGAAGAAUGCAAAAAGAGCUUUCUCGAACGACGAAAGAGAUCAAAGUACAAGUAGACGAAUGAGGUCAUCAGUCAAUUCAUUUGCUGAUCCACAAUAUCCAACAAAUCCCUGGGCUUUGGCGAGUGCAGAAGAAGCUGCAACUAGAGCACGAACAAUAUCUUAUGACGGAGCUUCUGGUGUAAUAGCUUUACCGGAAGGUAACCUCUUUUGCGAUGAUGUUGAGCAAGAUGAUAACAGUGCAUCACAUGAUGAUGACGAUUCUAAUUCUGAAGUAGGUAUUAUCAAUGAUGCCGUAUCUGACAAUGAAGUCGACUUCAUUGAGACGAAUCCAAGAGGAGACGAGGAACAGCAAAAUUCAAUCACGUUUCCAACUACUUAAACAUAAAUCAAUAAAGACUCUUGUUUGAUGUCGAUCUUAUUCAUUCAAAUUGUACAUCUAAGUUAAUUUUCACUAUAAUAAUUAUGUUGUAUUGUUAUUUCAAAGUACCACUUUUGUAAUUAAUGCACCAUAGUGUUGUAA